UUGGAGCUCACACAUCUUAACGACUGGCAUAUAUGAUGCGAUGACAAACACGACACAGUAAAACCUCUAUUUCGUUUUCAACAGAGGGUUUAGGGUUUUGCAACAAUUUGGGAUUACCAAUGCCAGAAAAUAAUCCCAAGAAGAAGGUUACCUUCUCCGAAAACGACGCCGCUUCAAUCACACAACGGUAUGACACAAAGACCUUAUUGACGUUGUUUCAGGAAUUAUCAAAUUACCCUGAUACCAAGUUUGAUUGGAAUGAAUUGGUGAACAAAACUUCCACUGGUAUUUCUAAUGCCAGAGAAUAUCAGAUGCUAUGGCGCUGCUUGGCGUAUGGUUAUUCCUUGCCCUUGCCGCAAGAUUUCAAACAAGGGGGUGGUGAACCUAUGGAUGAUGAUAGUGACCUAGAUUGUGAGCUGGAAUCAUUUCCUUCUGUACAUGUUGAAGCUAAAUCAGAGUCCUCAGCAUGUGCGAAGGUGAUAAUUGCUUCCCGCACGCUAAGUGAAUCUACCCCUAAUAGUUCAACAAUUGAGGCUCCAAUGACUGUAAAUUUUCCCAUUUACCGUUCAUCUAGAACUUCAAAGGAAAUUUCACAGCCCUCUAAUUUGACGGAACAGACAAGCAUUACGUUUCCAGUUACUGUUCAGAGACAGAAACUGCGAACUGUAUCAGCAACAGAUGCUUUAGAAACCAAGAGAACAGUUGGUGGUACCACAGCUUCCAAAAGGAAAAGAAAAGAAUGGUCGGAGGAAGAGGACAAUCAGCUACGUGCUGCUGUUCAGAGAUGCGGUGAAGGGAAUUGGGUAACCAUGGCAAAAGGAGACAGCUUUCCUAUUAAGAGAAGUGCAACAGAAUUGUCUCAGAGGUGGAGUGCUUUACGAAAGAAAGACGGAAGUGCCAAUUCAGGAUCCACCGCGACCACCGUGACCACCAACACACAAUAUACUGCUGAGCAGUUGGCAACUCGUCGCUCCCUAAGUUUAGCUCUUGACAAGCCAUUCAAAAAGUUUACUGCUCCUGGAAGGACUGAUCCAGGUAGGACCUCCACACCAAUUAAAAAUCAAGAGCACUCUCGUAGUUCUGUAGCACCUCAGCGUCCAUCUCAACAAGCUUGUGGUCCCCUGCGAAACCGAAAUUGGCCUGUGAAGCAUGCAUCUCCACACAUGGAGGCUAAUUUUUAAACUCUUCAGCCAACAAUCUGUCUUCACUUUGAAGGAUGGUUUUUUUGCAUAUGGCACAAACUAACUGUUUGGACCCCAAACCCCUCUCCCAAUAGUUUUCUUAUGACUUCUUCUCUUUAAUAGCAGUAAAUACUAGGGCAUUUAAUGUGGCACAUAAAUUUUCCCAUUGUGGAAGGAGAAUUUUGCUGGUCCAUGGAACCAAAUGUAUGAAAAAGACGCAGCAACAUUGUUUGAAGUUGGAACUUUGGCCAAACUUUAUACUCUCUUGAUUGAGUUACAUACAUUGUUCAAAUUAAACAGAAAUUUAGAUGUUUUAUGCUA